AUGUCUACCGAUGCCCCUGCCCCUGCGGCUUCCGAGUCUCCCGUCGCGCCGACAUCUCUUCCGGCGAACGCCUUCGACUUCCUUCCCGACCUCCACGCGCUGCUCCAACGUGUUUUCAACGAUGAGCUUGACCCAAAGGAUGUGGCCCACGAGUCUAGUCAAAUCCGACUGAAGCUGGAGAGGGCAAGGGUCAUGGUGGCCGAAUUGCCUGACGUGGAUAAGAGCUUGGACGAGCAGAAGAAAGAAAUCAAGGAGCUCGAAGAGAAGAUUGAGAGGCAGAAGAGCAUCAUGAGGGCCGUUUCACAAAUGGACGUUCUUGAAGAUAUGAGCGCAAGGUAUAAUUGA